GAUGAGAGCAGUGAAAAGGGUGAUGCGGCAGGGAAGACCCCCCCCCCCUUCAAACCGAUGCAGGCUUGAACAAUGCGUGCCGUCUUUCACUGAAAACACUCUGAGCCUGCAUUAGCAUUUUCUCAGACAACUGAGGCUCUGGCCAGCUGCAGGCAUGGCUUGGAUGCUGCGGUGAAAUCUCUUUUUCUGCACCCACUGAUGAAUAAGACCUCGGUGAAAAAAGGUCGACUGGCCGCAUUCCUCAACACUACCGUUGCACCUAUGCCUAGGCUAAUGUUAGGAACCCCAUUAGAGUCUGUGCCCCGGCAUUGAUGGCGAUCUGACAGAGGACUUGAGAAGCAGCAGAUCUCAGAAUGGAGGAGGGUGAGUACUUCCUGAAGGUGCUGAUCCCCAGCUAUGCAGCCGGCUCUAUAAUUGGCAAGGGUGGCCAGACCAUCGUACAACUGCAGAAAGAGACGGGUGCCACCAUUAAGCUGUCCAAAUCCAAAGACUUCUACCCCGGAACAACUGAAAGAGUCUGUCUGAUACAGGGGACUGUCGAAGCCCUCAAUAGUGUCCACAACUUCAUUGCGGAGAAAGUCCGUGAGAUGCCCCAGAGUGCCCAGAAACCAGAACCUGUCAGCAUAUUGCAACCACAGACCACGGUUAACCCUGACCGCGUCAAACAGGCCAAAUUGAUUGUACCCAAUAGUACAGCUGGGCUGAUCAUUGGUAAGGGUGGUGCCACAGUCAAAGCGGUGAUGGAGCAGUCGGGCGCUUGGGUGCAGCUCUCUCAGAAGCCAGAAGGCAUCAACUUGCAGGAGCGAGUGGUAACCAUCAGCGGGGAACCAGAACAGAACCGUAAAGCUGUGGAAAUCAUUGUGCAGAAAAUCCAGGAGGACCCUCAGAGCAGCAGCUGCCUGAAUAUCAGCUACUCCAACGUCUCCGGCCCAGUGGCCAACUCCAACCCCACCGGCUCCCCUUAUGCCAACACAGCCGAGGUGCUGCCCAAUGCAGCCGCAGCAGCAGCCACUGCCUCCAGCCUUCUGGGUCAGGCUGGAUUGACAGGAAUGGGUGCCUUCCCUGCCACCAUGUCCAGUUUCUCUGGCAAUGAUCUGCUGGCCAUCACCUCAGCCCUGAAUACACUGGCCAGCUAUGGCUACAACACUAACACCUUGGGCCUGGGUCUCAACCCUGCAGCUGCCUCUGGAGUUCUCGCUGCAGUUGCAGCCAGUGCUAACCCAGCUGCUGCUGCUGCAGCUAACCUAUUGGCCUCCUACGCUAAUGAUGCCUCCAGCAGUGCUGGCCACCCCGCUACAGGCCUCGGUGGGUUCUCCUUGGGCUCACUAGCAGCUGCUACUGGAGCUUCCAAUGGUUACCUAAAUGCUUCAUCCCCAUUGAUGGCUUCCUCCCUAUUGGCAACAGAGAAGCUGGCUGAUGGGGCCAAGGACGUGGUUGAAAUCGCUGUGCCGGAGAAUCUGGUGGGAGCCAUCCUGGGGAAAGGAGGGAAAACAUUGGUAGAGUACCAGGAGCUGACAGGAGCCCGCAUCCAGAUCUCCAAAAAAGGGGAGUUCAUUCCCGGCACUCGGAACCGUAAAGUCACCAUAACAGGGUCGCCAGCCGCCACACAAGCAGCGCAGUAUCUGAUCAGCCAGCGGAUCACGUAUGAGCAGGGCGUGCGCGCUACCAACCCACAAAAAGUGGGCUAA